AUUCCCAUUUUUGAGGACUUCAUUUCCCAUUCCCAGUGGCCAAAUCCCAGUCCCAGCAACCCAAAUCCCAUUUCCCAGUCUAAAAAUAGAUCAAUCCCAGUUCCCAUUUUACCCCUUCAGGGCCCUCUUAUACUACAAAUGCUUUGUUGGUAUAAAGAUCAGUAUGGAAAGGAUUAUUUACAAUGACUACGAAUUAAUUUACAUACAGUAAUGCAUUUUAUCGAUCCUUUUCAUAUCCAGCAGAGCUGGUACCCGCAUUGUUUAGUUUCGUAUCCCUUCGCUCUAAUUAUUAGGAUAUUGGUAGUACGUCAUACUGAUCAAGUAAUCAUAAGUCACGACAUAGCCGUCUUUUUUCAUUGUGCACCAAGGUGUACGAAUUUCAUGAAUAGUAUUUAUAGGUGUCAGAUCGAGAUAUGUAAUUUGAAACGCAGAAAUCGCAGACGGUCAACAAAGAUGGCAUGUACGCUGUUAAAGGCGAAAAAAUCAGUUUUAACAGACGUUUGAACGAGAGGAGAUCGAUACUCGAGGUACUAUUUUAUAGUUAUACAGUUGCGUGAACAGUUUAUUGUUUUAUUUGUGGGAUAUUUUAACUUUAUACGCGAUUUGAGCGAACUUUCGGUCAGAUACUAAUCCUUGUUGUUGAAAAAAUAUGGUAGGAAUUUGCCACACGUAAUCUCCAGAAAUUUUACUUUUGAAUGAUUUGAUGAAAAUUAAAAGGAAAUAUCUGUUUUGUAUCACAGUUAUAGUUAUUCCUGGUACGCGUCUAAACCCGCCAACCGCUCGAUAGUGCUUAGCGAACCCAUAUUAUAUAAAAUGGAACAGCUUAAUUAAUGGUAUUAAUAACCACUGUGAAUUACGCAUGAGAUUCAACAUGACAUUCAACAUGAUAUUCGAUAUUGUGUGAACUCACUCAUUUCAAUCACUCAGAAGUGAAAAUGAAAAAUAUAGCCAUUUCUUCUCUUCCAAAUGAAUUAGAAAUAAAUAAAUCAUAUAGUUCGUAUUAACAAAUUAAUACCUUUAUGUUUUAUUGCAUAAAAACUAAUAAACGCGCAUCAAAGCAGUCCAAAAAGACAUUUUACUAACAAUAACCACAGGUGCCAAAUACAGCCUGUACUAAAAAAAACUGUCAUUAAAUUCCAACCCCGCUAUUCUAUAGGAUUUUCUUAAAAUUUCAUAUAUUGUGUGCAAGUAUACGCUCUUCCAAAUCGUUACUUAAAGGUAAGCGGUGCAAGCCUAUAUAAACUAGCGAGAAUCCGUCUCAAAAUUUGACUAUUUUGCCCGCCUCAUCCUAAUUAAUUCUGAUAUACACAAAGUCAAUGAUAUAUGUGCGCUGUCAAAAAUUGCCCCUUUAAACCAUCCAUAACUUCCACUCUAUUGUAUACAAUUUUUUUGAGCUUUCACAUCUUGUACAAAAUUAUAUGCUAUUUUACAUGGUUACUUACAAGUAUGUGGUGCAAGCCUUAAAAUGAACGAAAAUCCCACUCAAAUUGGACUGCAUUACAUGCAUCUGAUAUACCAUAGUUAAUAAUUGCUGCCGCAGCGAGCGAGCCUGAAGCGAGCGAGCAAGGCAGCAGAUCCUAAUUUUGUUUUGUGGGUCGAUAUCAAAAUUUUCUAUUUGGCGCAUUGCAUGACGGUACCAGUGAAUUUUAACCGUGGUGCAGCGCGGUCAAGCAUAAGGCAAGCAGGCAAUGUGAUUAUCUUUCAUCUUUGGUCUAGUCUUCUUUUAUGGAAAGCCAUAGCUGGCUUAAAGUGAUCAAACGGCAUUUUGUUGGGUGCUUUUAGCAUUAUACGGCGGUGCUUUCGGCAUUAUACACGGUGCUUUCGCCAUUAUACGCGGUGGUUUCCGCAUUAUACGCUGUGGUUCCAGCAUUAUACGCGGUGCUUUCACCAUUAUAUACGCGGUGCUUUCACCAUUUAUAUACGCGGUGCUUUUGCAAUUAUACGCAGUGGUUCGAGCACUAUAUGCGGUGCUUUUAACAUUAUACGCGAUGCUAGCUUUCAUUCAACAUUAUUUUCAUAUUCUUUCCAUGACAUGUAUAUGAUUUAACGAUCAUGUAUAUGUUAUGUAUAUGAUUUGGUAUGUGGUUGACGAAUGCUUUUUGCCUAUGGUCCGCAAAGACAAUGACAUGCUUUUCUGUGUAUAUAAAUGAAUAUAACGCAGCGAAUGCGCCAAGCAGUAUAAACGCGCGGCUGAAAUACGAUAUUAAAAUCUUGAAUGUGCCGUAUGAUUUAAUUAUGUUUUAGGAUUUACAAAUGCUUUGUCAUUUGGUGUUUAUACUUGUACUGCAUCACAAGGCAGUACGUAAGUGAAAAAAUUUCACAUGUGAGACUGUCUUGUAUAUAUUUUUUGCUUUCUUUGAUAAACAUUAUUAAUAAACACGCAAAUUUUAAUUAGGGAGACGCAAUGUUAAAUGUCACCUGCAUGUCAUUGUCAUUGCCCUUUAACCCCUGGUCUAAUUGGCCGCUUUUGAAAAUGUUGAUCAUGACGAACCGCACUUUUGUGUUUUAAAAACGAGUUAGGAUAAAACGCGGAUACGGACGGACGGACGGUUGGCGACGGACUGAUCGGACGGAUAACAUAUAUAUGUAAUUAUAUAGUCUGCGCGAGUCUGCGCGCAGCCGCGCAGGGUAGUUAGUGGCUUACGUCUUCGCUGGUUUUGUAUUUACCGAGAAAUCAAUAUUCCGAGUAUAUAAAUAUAUAAACUGGGAUGUCACACUGAUAGUUUGUUUAUAUUUCCUGGAGCAUCAAAUCUUAUGUUUAACCACGGUGGUUUAACCCAUUAGCUGGCAACGCGCCAGUCCCUUGUCCAGCGCCAGAAAAUUUUACUCGUCAGUGGUACAGGGUACUGCCAGUAAAUGGGUUAACAAACCUAUCUGCCAGUGGCUCUUGUUAAUCCAUCAGCACAGUAAUGACUUUAGUAUUUACCCUGUCCAACGCCAGACGAUUUUUAAUACUCAGUCAGUGGUAGGGCCGUGCUGUCAAUAAAUGGGUUAACAAGGAUAACAAUAGCCUGCGUAGCGGCUAUCAGAUCUACUUUCUCUGAGAGCAGCUACGCAGGCUAGGAUAACAAUAAUAGGAUGUUUCUGAAGGACUCGUUCAACACCCUGUAGUUUGUCUUUUGCUGUCAAAGGCAGCAUUACUGCCCUGUGGGUAACCUAGUUAUACAGUAUAUGUGUUGCGAGGACCUUCCUGCAUUUAAUUUGUAGAUUUUGCGCCCCCUAUUCUAUAGGAUUUUCUUAAACUUUCAUAUAUAGUAUAGAAUUAAAUGCUCUUUCAAAUGGUUACUUACACGUAAGCCGUACAAGCUUGAAAAAGAACGAAAAUCCUACUCAAACAGGACUGUCCUUCGCGCCUAUUAUAAGCCAAUUAUAUACAUGUGAGCUUUGUCUGUUUAAUUGUAAAAAUCUUGCGCGCUAUUCUAUAGGAUUUUCUUAAAAUUUCAUAUAUUGUAUAAAAUUAUAUGCUCUUUCAAAUGGUUACUAACACGUAAGUGGUGCAAGCCUUAAAAUGAACGAAAAUCCCACACAAACAUGACUGUACUUCGCACCUCUUAUAUUAUAAGCCUAUUAUAUAUCAGCUUUCAACAACUGUCUGUUUAAUUGUAAAAAUCUUGCGCGCUAUUCUAUAGGAUUUUCUUAAAUUUCAUAUAUGGUAUAAAAUUAUAUGCUCUUUCAAAUGGUUACUAACACGUAAGUGGUGCCAGCCGUAAAAUGAACGAAAAUCCCACUCAAAUUUGGCUGUAUAAUUACGAGCAUCUGAUACACUAAGCCAAUUAUAUAUGCGUUGAGAGGAACUCCCUGCAUUUAAUUUGUAGAUUUUGCGCACGCUAUUCUAUAGGAUUUUCUUAAACUUUCAUAUAUUGUAUCAAAUUAUAUGCUCUUUCAAAUGGUUACUAACACGUAAGUGGUACAAGCCUGAAAAUGAACGAAAAUCCCACUCAAAUUUGGCUGUAUAAUUACGCGCAAUACACUAAGCCAAUUAUAUAUGCGUUGCGAGGAACUCCCUGCAUUUAAUUUGUAGAUUUUGCGCACGCUAUUCUAUAGGAUUUUCUUAAACUUUCAUAUAUUGUAUCAAAUUAUAUGCUCUUUCAAAUGGUUACUAACACGUAAGUGCUGCCAGCCGUAAAAUGAACGAAAAUCCCACUCAAACAUGACUGUACUUCGCACCUCUUAUAUUAUAAGCUUAUUACAUAUGAGCUUUCAACAACUGUCUGUUUAAUUGUAAAAAUCUUGCGCGCUGUUCCAUAGGAUUUUCUUAAAAUUUCAUAUAUUGUAUAAAAUUAUAUGCUCUUUCAAAUGGUUACUAACACGUAAGUGGUGCUAGCCUAAAAAUGAACGAAAAUCCCACUCAAACACGACUGUACUUCGCACCACUUAUAUUAUAAGCCUAUUACAUAUGACCUUUCAACAACUGUCUGUUUAAUUGCAAAAAUCUUGCGCGCUAUUCUGUAAGAUUUUCUUAAAAUUCCAUAUAUUGUAUAAAAUUAUAUGCUCUUUCAAAUGGUUACUAACACGUAAGUGGUGCCAGCCGUAAAAUGAACGAAAAUUCCACUCAAAUUUGGCUGUAUAAUUACGCACAUCUGGUACACUAAGCCAAUUAUAUAUGCGUUGUGAGGAACUCCCUGCAUUUAAUUGGUAGAUUUUGCGCCCGCUAUUCUAUAGGAUUUUCUUAAACUUUCAUAUAUUGUAUCAAAUUAUAUGCUCUUUCAAAUGGUUACUAACACGUAAGUGCUGCCAGCCGUAAAAUGAACGAAAAUUCCACUCAAACAUGACUGUACUGUGCACCUCUUAUAUUAUAAGCCUAUUACAUAUGAGCUUUCAACAACUGUCUGUUUAAUUGCAAAAAUCUUGCGCGCUAUUCUAUAGGAUUUUCGUAAAAUUUCAUAUUUUGUAUAAAAUUAUAUGCUCUUUCAAGUGGUUACUAACACGUAAGUGGUGCCUGUCGUAAAAUGAACGAAAAUCCCACUAAAAUUUGGCUGUAUAAUUACGCGCAUCUGAUACUAACACUAAGCCAUGCAAUUAUAUAUGCGUUGCGAGGAACUCCCUGCAUUUAAUUUGUAGAUUUUGCGCCCGCUAUUCUAUAGGAUUUUCUUAAACUUUCAUAUAUUGUAUCAAAUUAUAAAUGGCGUGACAGGCAGACCUACAAAUCAUUAGCUAGUCAUAACCAAUUGGAGAACUGUACUAUGCUUGCGUGAUGGAAAACGAAAACCAACAGGGAGGUAGGCCUAUGAGCAAUGAGAACAUUUAAAAUGGCAAGUGCUAUAUAUUUUUCAAAUCUAGUUAUUUAACUAGAUAAGUAUAUAUAUAUAUCAUAUUGUUCACAUGCAUUUUUGUGAACUUAAACGAUUUCGUGUUUCAGUUUCACAGGUGAGGAAUUCAGACCUUGAGACCUUGAUGCGCCCUUUGAUACCUCAGGGGGACGAGAUGCUUGAGAGUAUGUAUUUCGUGAAACGUUGGUUACGUUGCAUAGAAUAUUGUAUAAUUUGCAUUCUAUAUGAUACCAGAUUGCAUAUGCCUUUCAGCCGAAUAACGUUCAGUCGUUUUUAGUGAUUAAUGUUCUGUUGCAAUUAUUCUAUAGUGUUUGAAGCCUUCCAGCGAUGGAUACAGUCGCAGACACAAGCAGCUAUUCAAAUCCACCCGCCAAUUGGUAAAGCUUAAAUAUUCGGUUAAAAUAGAGAAUAUCAAUUGAUAUGAUUUUCAAACCUGAAUAUUUUUGACAUGUGUUUUAUCAAGGUUUUAUCAAGGUUCAUAAAUCGAAUAAUUAAGAUUUAUCCUCAUUUACAUAAACUUCGAUCAGCUUUGAUUUUCUUGGCUUAUAGACAAUGUUUAUUCUUUUUAAUAUUACUUUGCCAAUGAACUUAUAUACUAACAUGUGUCGUGUUUUACGUACGUUAAAACAUUCGCAUCCGAGCUUUAUCUGAUAUGCAACUCUCGCCUUCGGAUCGAGUUAGUAUAUCACAUAAAGAUCGGCUGCUUACGUUUUAACUAUAGUACUAAACAAAUGGCAAUUUUUCGUUUUUUGAAAGACAUAGAAAAUAGUAUUAAGCAUGCAUAUGGCAUCAAACAAAAGAAUCGUCACAAAACUUAAAGUAUAAACUGAUCACGCAUUAUUAAAUAUAUUAUGCCUUAUGGUAUAUGCGCAUGCAGCAAAAGCUGUUCGAACGACUCACCAGGCACAAAAAACGACAUAAAUUACGUUUUUCUUAAUUUUUUAAAAAAACGACAUAAAUUACGUUUUGUUAAUUGUAACGUGAAUUUUGGGACACGCAUUUACUUAUUUCGGUAACCGGGCAAAAGAAUUAAAAGAUACACCUUUUCCGUUCUUCACUGCAAACAAUCAUAUACAAUCUUCGGCAAACAUCUGUGCGGGAACACUUAUUUAAGUUGUAUAUAUAAUGUAUAUAUUUGUUAUGUUUGUCUGUUAUUUAGGUAAUCCUAACAUGGCGCGCAACGAUGUGCCAUCACGGCUGCCGGAGCAAGGAAAUGGAUUGGAGGGUAAGAUUAAAUCAAAAUAACGUGCGCAACAACUCCGGCGCAGUAUCAAAUCAACGCAUUAAUAAUUUACCGAUAAUAUAUAUACGUACACUGACCAAUUUUAAUACUCAACGAAAAUUGAUACCAUUAAUGUUUUCCUUUCUACUCAUAUAGAUAUAACUUGCCAUUACUGCAGACAGAAGGGCCACAAGAAGUGGAAAUGCACAAUUCGCCCGAAAGGAAAAGGAAAAAGAGGGAAAAGGGGCGGGAAAAGGGGCGGGAAAAGGGGCGGGAAAAGGGGCGGGAAUAGGCGCGGUAAAAAUGUAAAUAUCUAUUUAUGAUCCAAAUAAACAACUUAAAAAUAAAACGUGGACUUACUUGUCGUGCUGCUUUCCUAGCAUACUAGAUACACUAUCCCGCAUUUACGUAUAGCCAUUAAAAAUCAUCCCGAAAAACCACUGUAUCAAAUCCUAUAGAAAAGCCGGCGCAACAAUUUACAAAUUGAAAAGAAGUUCCUCGCAUCGCAUACAAUGGCUUAAUACUGGCAUGCCUAAGUCAGUCCUGUUUGAGUGGGAUUUUCGUUAAUUUCAGGCUUGCAACACUUACGUGUAAGUAACCAUUUGAAAAAGCAUAUAAUUUUAUACAACAUAUG